GAAGAAAAACAUCAACAACUUCCUAUUUAUCAGCUCCGUGACACUUUACUAUCUUUAUGGGAUAUUAUAGAUAUUAUUUAUAUAUUAAUGCAUAUGAGGAUCACAGCUCUAACAGCAGGCAGCUUGUUUCAGCUCAGAGUCUCACAUGUUUUAUAAUCUGAUCAUUUAUCAGUGUGUAGUCAGUCUGCACACACUUUAGUGUGUUUCUGGACUCAAACCUGCAGAAACCUGCAGGAAAACUAAAAUCAUCUCGAUGCCUCUGUCUCCAGCCAACCAGUCUCACCUGAUCCGGUCCAGUCAGAAGGACCAGUUCUACCAGAACCUCCUCAGGAACAACACCAACGAGGCUUUCCAGACUCUGGCUGGUAGGUUUCUCUCUCAGAUCACCUGCCAGCAGACCCUCGGGGAGGAGUACGUUAACGUGGUCCAGGUGGACUCCAGCAGACGUCAGAUCCCUUCUGGAUCCAGACGCCUCCUCCUGGUCCUCCUGCGCUGCUGGUUCCCUCACCUCCUGGACCGGGUCCUGGUCUGCCUGGAGACCCAGCUCACCUGUGGCCAGCAGCAGGUCUCAUCCAGGUCCAGGUCCUGGAGCCUGGAGUCCUGGAUCAGGAGGGGGGUCCAGAGGGCCCUGGGUCUGCUGCCGGAGCACCAGAGGAGAGGCAGCCUGCCGGUCCUGCUGGUCCUGGACCAGGGUCUGACCCUCCUGAACCAGCUCCACACGGCUCUGUUCUACAUCACUGGAUCCUUCUACCAGCUGUCAGAGAGGAUCACUGGGAUCCACUACCUGCCUGUGAGGGGACCCAGCAGUGAUGAUGGGACCAUCAGGACCAGUUACAGGCUGCUGGGUCUGCUGUCCCUCCUCCAGAUCCUCAUCACCGUCUGUCUCCAGCUGAACAACUACAGACAGAAACACAGAGCCAGGACAGAGAGGAGUCUGGCCCGGACCCCCAGUCCUCAGAUCUCUCCCAGCAGCUCCGGCUCCAGAGCGUCCAGCUGCUGCAUGCUCUGUCUGGAGGAGCGGAGACGCUCCACGGCCACGCCCUGCGGACAUCUCUUCUGCUGGGACUGCAUCACAGAGUGGACCAACACUAAGGCUGAGUGUCCUCUGUGUCGGGCCAAGUUUCAGCCGCACAGACUGGUUUACCUGAGGAACUACAGCUAGAGACACACAACCUGCAACUACACACAACCUGCAACUACACAACUAACAACUACACACACAACCUGGAACUACACACAGUUUGCAGGUGGGCCCUCAGCAUCAUGUGGAGAAUGAACCAGAGGUCUCACACCAACUGGAGAUCUGAGACUGUCCCAGUC